CAUGUCCCCGAUGUUGGACAAAUAACAUAGUAUCAAAACAAACAAACUGCUCCCGAGUCAGCUCUCGAAAGAUAAUUUUAUUCUUCUGCGAGAGUGUUGCUCGACCAAGACUCUGCGUUUGAAAGAUCAUUUUAGCAGCGAGAAAGGGAGUUAUGAAGGACCAAAUCACAGUUUUGCGAAGUGCAAACUAAAAACUGUUUUUAAAAAGUUUUGCUUUUACGGAAUGUUUUGAAUAUACAGAAACCAGCAAGAAUCCAUUCAACGCCGAUCUCAAAUGCAAUGCAAAAGAAGAUAUUCACACGCAUCACUUUGGAGAACAGCGAUGGACAAAAGUCAACAAUGGGAAGAAAAUUUCCAAGUGGAAAGUUGAAAUAGUUGGGGAAAAAAACACAGCAGAAAUGGAAAAAAACAGCUGGAAUUUUACGAGAAUAAAGUCAAAGUAUUAUGAGAAAAAAGUUGCAAAAACUCGCAAUAUUAAUGAUGUCAUUUUAGGAGCAUUUUACCGACAGUAUAGCACAAAGCUGACAUGCACUUGUUGUAUAUUAUAUCGUUGUUUUUAUUAUAUUUGAGUUAUAUUAUGAGUUGGUGGAAAAAGUUUGGACACGCCUGGUCUAGGAUCUCACCGAUUCCGUUAUUAAUCGAAACAGCAAGCUUCAGAUUAAUCCACUAAGAAAAUAAUUGUUAGUUGCAGCGAUAUGUAUAGAACAGAUACACAGAUACUGUUUUUUUAUCGAUACCAUUUGGUCCUCACAGUGUCUGGCCCUUGGACAAAUGUAAUUGAGGAGCUCUGCCAUCGAGGGUGUUUUAUUCGAUUAAUUGAACCAAAUAAUCAAUAGAAUAACUGCAGCCCUACUGUGCGAGAUAGUUAUGCCAAGGCAGGCAGGCUUGGCAAGGCGAGCGGGUGUGACUAUAUGUUUGUGGCUAUAAAUCCCCCUUGGUUUGUGUGUUCAUGCAUUCAUUUGGAAUCAUAAAUGCUCUUAUAGACAAUAGAGACAUGAAGACUUCCGCCAACAUGGGAUGAGUCACCGAGUCGGUCUUUCAAACUGAAUCACUAAUGUUGGUGACACAUUCAUCCAUGGUGGUGGUUCGCCCCUUAAUGUCCCCUUUCAGCUCACCGUGAGACCAUAGGCACCCAAAAGACCUACGGUAUUUAAAUAAUGUUAGUCAUUUUGUUCAUGGGCCGUCAUUCAGCGAUGCACAAUCACCGCAUUGUUUUUCACGCCCUCUGUCUUGGUGCCAACUCUCCUUUUCCCUAGCAACCCAUGCAAAGCCCAUGCAAAUGAUUAGGAAUACCAGGAAAUGGGAUUACACACACACACACACACACACACACCACUGCCUCCAGUUUAUCAGUUUGAAUGUGCACUUGACAUGGAAGGGUGGUGGAAUGUGUUAAUUGGUGUGCUAACAGACAGAGGCCUUGUGUUGCCAACAUUCAGCAGAUACGUGUUCCCCUUCCUGACUUUUAUGAAAUUGGUUUAUCCUGUUUCCUAUUUCUCUGCAGGUUUUAGUAUCAUACGCUUAUGUCGGGUUUUAUCUCAUCCUGCACACGGGUUAGGUUAGCAUCGAGUUCAGGUUGAAUCACCUUGCUGGCAAGAAAAGCGAUAUUUAACUGACAUUUCUGUUGUCUUAUCUUUAUUUGUGACAGAGCGUGCUAUAAACACAGUAAGAGAGUAACAAAGGAACAGACUCUUUCACUCGGGCUUCUUCAGGGGCCUCCUGAGGCUUUGGGUUUUGCAAAGGAGGGUGAAUGAGAGCUACGUUUCAGUGAGGAUGCUCGGCAGUCUGGAAUGCUUUUUCCAAUGCAAACGCUGGAGUCACUGAUUUAACGCUUUUCUCACCAGAGAGGCUCACAGUGAUAAAAGGGCAGGAUUGUGUUUGGUGUGGAGCGACUUGGAGGCAAACAAGUGCCCCCUUUUUCACAUACUGGAAUAGGAACACGUGGACAAGGUAUCAUUGAAACAAUUCUCAAUGUUGUUUUGGCGUCCUUAUGAAGUGAGAACUUGUGAACAAACUCAUGCACACGCCACAACUCUGAGUGGAGUGGGCACCCAAAGUCUACCACUGGCUACUGUACUGAUCCCAGUUUUCAUAAUAUACAGGUUGUCCCUAAAAAUCUUGACACUAGGGGUGUCUCGAUACAACUUUUCACUUUCGAUACCGGACAGUAAUGGUGUUCAAAUGUUACUUGCCGUCUGAGCUCCAUCCUCAUCCAACGUGAUGCCCCAAUUUAUGGUCGAUGAUCAGACAUACUGCAAGCUUGACAAGUUUCUAGUGUAAAAUAAAAUAUUCAGGAGUUCGGAAUUAUGGCGUCACACCGAUAAAUCAGAUAACAUUAACACAUUCAAUCCCAGCCAUUCUUCAAAAGACAACCCCUUCAGCAGCGGCCAUUUUGGACCAUUUUGACUGAUUUUUCAAGGCACACAGAAUGUUGUGUUCUAUGGUUAUAUACAGCGAACACGGAACCCACUUUGCAUCGUUCGUCAGGAAAAAAAAGGUCGUUUCUACCUUUUUCUGUUCUUUGAUAAUCAGCAGUAGAACGGGUAAGUUUCAGGAAAAUAUCAGUUCCCAACAAAAAAACAGAGAAAAACAUUUUUUUGUGACAAGAUCAAUUUCAAACAUUGUUUUCACUGUGACACAAAUUUUGGAUUUUGUGACAGCUCAAAUAUCGAAACCAAUGCAGCACAACAUGAACAACACAAAAAAGCCUUGUUUUACAUCAAAAUAACAAUUUAUUUACAAAUAUAACACCAUGAACUAUUUACAGUUUUCACAUUUGGAACUAAACGUGUGUGUGUGCACGCGUGUGUGUGCACGCGUGUGCGAGCACGUGCAUGCAUUAAAAUUUCCCCACAAUGUGUAACCCUCUGCACGCUUACACUCCUCCACGCUCCUUCACUUCCUCCUCGCUAUCUAGCGCGUUAAUACAUGCAAAAGAUCACGCAGAGCUCUUACCAAAUGCACUUCUGCCACCUUGUGGCCGUUUUUAUGGCUUAAAACGUCAUGAAACGUGACCUCUUUUAUUGUGCACUUGCGUCAUCACCUCUUUUUGCCUGUUGCGCAAAAAACCGUAAAAAACGUAUAAAUACAUCUUUGAUAUUGAGUGAGUUAAAAAUCCUCCAAUAACCGAUAUUUUAACUGUUUAACUGUCCUAACUUCCACUGACCUCACUGGUAACCAAACAUUCACUUUCCCAAGGAAGACAUUUUGCGUGCUAGUUGCACCAAAUGAUUGAGCACACAAAAAAAGCACACAAAAAACCUUAUCAGCCACCUGAAACGCCAGCGCCGCAGCGUUUGAAAAGUGAGGAGACCUCCGUGGCGUCACACCGGCUGCUGGGAGCGUGUGCCCGAAUACGGUGCACCUUGCUGGGCCGGACCAGGUGGCUCCUCCCCUCUAUGCUCUGGUCCUCCUGGAUAGUGGAUGGUGGAUGUGGUGGUAGUAAUCAUGUCAAAUUUGAUUAGGACAAACCAACAGGUACAGUUGGUCAAAUCCAAAUUUGUUCCAGUCCUCCUUACCUCCAGGUGUGCACAAAGUACAGGUCAAUCCAAAUGUAAAAAGUAGAUAUCAAAACGUUAUUGGUUAUCGGUACCAUAUCGGUCAAGAGAAGCAGAAAGUUAUCAGGAUCAGUUUGGGAAAAAAAGAUAUGGUGCAUGUCUAAAAAGAAUGCCUCGUUCAUGGCAUAAGUACGGGACAUAUUUAAAAGAAGCGUGCACGUCUCGUAUUGAUUCCUCGGCUUCUUCUCUCAUUCUCCUCUCCUUUCUCUUCUUUCAUCAACUCUAUGAAUUAUGCAUAUUGCUCAGACUUCCUCUUCCCCCUCAGUAGCGCUGUUAGGUUAUUCUGUAAACACCCCUCACACGUGUGUGUGUGUGUGUGUGUGUGUGUGUGUGUGUGCGUGUGUGCGUGUGUGCGUGUGUGUCAGCUGUCACGCCGAGCACUCCAUGAAUAACCUGAGCAUGCAUGAAGGUUACCAAGCAGCAUGUAACAAAACCUGCCGAUUAGUGAGGCUUAAUGGCUACCUGCUGUUCUCUUCCUGUCUGUCUGGCGUUGCUGCACAAAUCCACUAUCAUCUCAUUAAUGUCAGGGUACUUACAGUACGCACACUCACCUCUCUUUCACUGCAUGCUCCAAGUAUGCGACCUGAAGUCUUCCUGUUUCAAGGGCCUGUGAUGUGCAUCUUUGUGUCAUUUGGCCGCUCGAUGGCACUGCUGACUCAUCUUAGCCCCUCUCCCUCUGCAAGCAAACAUCUGUUGAUGCUUGGAUUGAAUGAUGACUAGCUGUUUUCCACCAAAAGGAAGGUGGUGUCAUGUUUCAUUGCAUGUUUAGCAGCUGCCUUACAGCGGAAAGGAAAGAACCGUAUCAAUCAUAAAUCUGGUUUUACUUGACCGAUUUUUGCCAUUUAAAGACUCCCAGGCAGUUUGAAGUCCACACUUCGACAUGCUCCGCCCCCUCGUUUUUUGCAUUCGUGAGGUCAAAUACUGGUGAGAGUGAAAUCGCCCAUGAAUUCAUUUAUGCUGUGAGUGUGGGAGUGUGUGAGGGAGGAAUGCCUGAGCGGUGGCUGACACUGCCUGUGGCCUGGUUAAUGUGACCGCGUGAGACAAUGAGCUGCUGUUUCUCUAUGGGAAGCAGGAAAACAGGAAAGGAUGGUGGCGGACCAGAGGUGAUGUGAAGUUGCUCAUGAUCAUUCAAAAAUGGAGAGUAGCAUCUUAAUAAUACUCGCUGAGGUUAGGAAAUAUCCGGUUUAUACUGCACUGCGCUAGCUCACACUCCAGCCACCAUUUUAUUAUACCUUCUUGGUGGACAGUCAUGAAACUGGGAUGUAAUCAUAAUAAUAAUAAUAACUUGUAUUUAUAUACUGUAGCUGUCAACACGUACUAUGUACACUGACUACUCUAAAGUAAGUUUCGUUUCAGUAGUACUGCCUCGUGAGAAGACUUACUGUAGUAAAACUGCUUGUAGAAAUGUUGGGGGUGUACUCACUUUUGAGAGAUAUGUGCUUUUCAUACCUUUUAUCAUACAGUGCAAUUAAAACAUGUAAAAAAUAUAUUAUUAUUAUUAUUAUUUGAAUAAUAAUAUCGUUUUUUUAUUUCUAUUUAUUUUUUGUUUUAUAUUUUUUACAUGUUUUACAAACAAUAUUAUAAUAAUAGUAUUAAUAAUAAUGCUUUAAAAUAUUAUUAUUUGUAUUACUGUUAUUAUUAUUAUUAUUAUUAUUUUUAUUAUUAUCAUAUAAUGUUCCACAUGUUUUAUUUUUUGGUUUAACUUUUAAUGGGUAAAAAUAGCUAUUAUUAUUAUUAUUAAUAAUAGUCAUACUGGCAGCGAGUGUGAGCAGGACUGCAGUUUAAGAAGAGGUCGCUCCACAUUGCCUGCAGGUGUGUCAGUUAGUCGUCAGACUAGGCUUAGGACGUGUGCUGCUACACAGAACAAACAGAGGGCAGCAGAGCACACACAGCAUGACAAACAUCAUCUAAUAUUGUUUUGAAACAAUAUAUUUUGUUUACAUGUAGAAAUAUUAUUAUUAUUUGAAUAAUUAUUAUUAUAAUGUGUUUUACAUAUUUUAUUUGAACUGCAUGAUAAAGGGAUAUUAUGAUGAUGAUGAUGAUUAUCAUUAUUAAUAUAUUUAUGUAAGAACCUCUCUUUUGGUUUCUUUUGCUAAAUAUUUAGUAUUUUAUGUUGUGACAGCUCCACCUAGUGGUCAUUUUUGUCACUACAAACUGAACAAGUAGUUAAGCUUUUGAAGCAGAAUAAAAUAGCAUUUGUCAAAUAUUUAACAUCCAUCCAUUCAUCUUCUAUUGGUAUAUAUGUUUAUGUGUUUAUGUUUCUUAUGUUCUUAUUCUUUCAUUUGUUUUAUUUCUUUUCUUGGGAGAAUGAACAGAAUAAGAUUUUCAUUGCAUGGUAUAACUGCUGUUUUACUAUGCACAUGACAAUAAACUCUCUUGUAUCUUGUAUCUUGUAUCUUGUAUCUUGUAUCUUCUAUGCCGCUUAUCCUUGCACUAGGGUCUCGGGUAUGCUGGAGCCUAUCCCAGCUGGCUUGGGGCGAGAGGCGGGUACACCCUGGACUGGUUGCCAGCCAAUCACAUAUAGACAAACAAGCAUUCAUUCUCACAUUCAUACCUGUGGACAAUUUAGAGUCGCCAAUAAACCUACUGUAAACCUUUUUGGAAAGUGGGAGGAAACCGUAGUACCCGGAGAGAACCCACCCAUCCACGCACGGGGAGAACAUGCAAACUCCACACAGAGAUGUCCAACGCAGAUUCGUACCCAGGUCUUCCCGAUCUCCAUGCUAACCACUAGGCCAAAUAUUUAACACGUUAUUACAUUUAAACAGUUUUUGUUCUUCUAGGAAAGAGUGCAUUUUAUUCCCCAAGGAAGAGUUUGUGAAGCAUGAAGAGCAAACUCCAUGAAUAGUUUGUGCAGUUUGUGUCAAAGUAGUUAGUGCUGUGUUUGUGGUCAUAAAAAAGGAGGAGGAGGAGGAGGAGGGCACAGGCGUUUUGGAUGGAACAAGAGUUUCAGGUCUGUUCAGGUGAGCAGAAAGAUACACUUGGCGGGCAGGCCACUUCCUGUAUGGGAGGAUUGCGUUUUCCUGCAGUGGAAGGCGGGUGGGAGUGCCUGCACAUGCGCGUCACGCCCGCCGCCGCUUUUCACUUGCAGCAAGAUCAGGAUCUGGUAGGUCUGCUUUUGUUUGCCUGAUGGUUAUCGUGCAGUAUCUAUAUUUCCACCAAGGAACACAGUAUGUGAUAUCGGCUUGUUUGGGAUUGUUCUACACACUAGCUGGCUGAAUUGUUUAUGUUGGCAAAAGCGACAGAGUCCCGUGUUGCUUUAUUGUCUCUCCUUCUGUGACCACAGGAAUCCUGUUAUGGCAGCCUGUCACUCAUAGGAUUUUUACUAUUGUUCUUUCUAAUCAUUAUUAUUAUUAUUAUUCUUUUAUCAGCCAGCAUGAAAACUAUAAAGACACCGGCCCAUCUCCACCCCCACCUCUCUGUAACAUCAUGAGCAUAAUGCUUCCAUUUCUGCGGUCAGUGCCAUCAGCGAUGAUGAUGUUCCAGCCUGGGAGAAUAAAACUUGCCACACAAGUGUAAAACAAGUGAAGCACUGUAGAAUUUAAAAACAACACGUUCACCGUGAUAACAAAUAGGAGCAAAGUGUCAUCUCGUUGCUGUGAAUGGGAACCAUCAUGCCAACCAAAAAGCAAAAUAGUUUUUUCUUCUUUGAUGCUGACGGUACAGUGGUCAUGUGAUGUGCUGCGAGGUCUUCCAUGAGAUGUUUUUCCUCGCGCUUGAGGACCUGAUGACGAAAUGAUUCCGUUGAUGACGAAAAUGAGACGGCAACGAGCUGAAUGUGGCUCUUUGAUGACUAAAACCUGACGAGUCGCAUGUGAGUUUUCGCUGACGAGACGCGGGUGGUCUAUCACAGUGGUCAAUGUGACAACCUUUUUGUCACCCACAGACCGGCUCGUUUUCCCACAAAUCUCCGGAGGAAGAUUACUAUGCAGUGUGCUAGCAUGAAUGAACUUGAAGUUGUGCACCGACCAAUCAGUAACGUCAUCGAAUCUUACCUUGAUGCAUUCCCUCUGCUAGAGUUGGCUAGAACUAAACAAUAGAAUGCUGUAGAAUUAAUUAAUGGAAGCACUGCUGCUUGAAUUUUUGCACAGACAGGUUGCUUGGCAACCUUAUCUGCCUGCUACAGCUCAAACACGUAAAAGGCACACAUACACCACCCUGGAUUGACACAAGCUGCUGCCAGUAGGAUGCAGACACAUAGCCACACACCGCUGAUCCACGUAGGGGAAAGGGUAGCGCCUCUGCAUGGGCGGGACUCGAAGACAGCAUAACAGAAUAGGCACUUCCUACUUUGAGUCUCCUUCCUUGAUGGACUCAAGUCCAGCGCUGAGCUGUGUGACAUCUUCUAAACAUUACACCAAAGACUGAAAAUACGGAAAAGAGUGUUCGACCGAUCUCCACUCGGGAUAAACGAAGUUGUACGUUUCGCCACUUGGUAUCAGCAUUCAUGAGCAAAUAUGAGGUGAAAAGAAAAGGUGAAAAAUACAGUAUAGUAGUCUGUCUGUGCAGCGUGGGAAAAAGUUAGCACACGAACAAUGGUGCGUUCAAAAACCAUCGAACAACGUGGUACGUGCUGUCGCUCGUACAUUUUUAUUCUCUUAAUAUUUUGUCUAUUCUCAUGCACUAAUACUUUGAUUUUCUUAUUGUAAUAUUAUAACUUUUACCCAAUCUAAAUGUCCUAAUAUGGAAACUUUAUUCUUUGUUUUUUUGCAUUUUUAGUUUUAAAAAUUUCAACUUUAGGCAAUUUUUUUCUCUUAAUAUUAUGACUUUAUUCUCUUGUUUUGUCUUUAUUCUUGUCAGAUUAUUGUUUUUUUCCUCAUUUUUGCUGUUGUUUUGCAUUUUCAUUUUUUGUAUUUUAAUUUUGUGUGUUUUUUUUUUAAACAAUGGUUGUUGUCUAUAUGUGCCUUGCGAUUGGCUUGUGACCAGUCCAGCGUGUACCCCGCCUGUUGCCCAAAGUCAGCUGGGGUAGGCUCCAGCAUAACCGCAAACCUAAUGAGGAGAAGCGGCAUAGGAAAUGGAUGGAUGGAUGGAUGGAUGGAUGGAUGGAUAGUCUUUGCCAGCUGUAUUGUCAUGGCCAAACUUUCCACUAGAUGGUGCUAGAUCCUUCUUUAAAGCCGUCUAGACGUGCUUCUGCUCACACUGACGCAUGAUAAUGUAAUAUUGUAUAGUUUGAACUGACAUGGUGAAAGAUUUUUACAGAACUGUCUGUUUUUGUACGUUUUGUCCUUUAUGGUCCUUUCCGGCAUAGUAAAAUGUCCCAGGUGUUCAUUGCUGGACAUGGGGAAGCUUCCUGGAUGGAAAAAGAGCAUUUAUCAUAUUGGGAAGUAUCCCGUCAUUCCUGUUUGAGCCCAACAAAAGGCGGAGAUCUCGUAUUACAGUGAAGUAUACCAUCCCCGCCCGACCCCCAUUGUCUGGUAUUCCAUUUACAAGCACAAUAUGACAAAAGCUUCUCCGUGAAAUACUGAUGGGAUUUAGAUUCACCCUUUAGAUCAGCAGAUACAGUACAUGUAUUUACUGGAGUCUGCACUGCACUGUUUCCUUGGCUUAAAGCCUGUCCUCCAAUGCAGGAAAGCUGCUGAGGACGCCCCGACACGAUCUCCCCACUGCAGUUUCCCACAGGCUAAGGGGGGGUGAUCGGCAGAGCCAUGCCCGCCCUCACCACCGGCGUGGGCUCCGAGCCAGGCCUCUAUGAGCUGCUAGCAGCAUUGCCUUCCAAACUGCAGCCUCAUGGCGGCCAGCCCGAGGACAACGCCUUCCUUCAGCACAUGUUUGGGGAGAAAAGCCUGCAUGCGUUGUUCAAGAUCCAUGAAAAACUGCAACGCUACGAGGAGAGCAAACCCACUCCCAUCUCGAACAACGCCGCCUCGCUCACCAAUCAAUUGGUUGAGGAGCUUCAAGGGAAAUCAGCGGAUGGAGAAAUGAAAGAGCUUCUCAAGCUGCUGUCCCAGCCUCAUUUAAAGCAUCUCCUGUCAGUCCAUGACACGGUGGCACAGAAGUGCUACGACCCCGAACUACCUCCCAUGCCCGAAGACAUCAACCAAGACGAGGAUUCUGUGAAGAUCAUAAGACUGGUGAAAAACAGGGAGCCUCUGGGCGCAACCAUAAAGCAAGAUGACGUCACCGGCGCCAUCCUGGUGGCGCGGAUCAUGAAGGGAGGCGCGGCCGACAGAAGCGGUCUUAUCCACGUUGGGGAUGAACUGAAGGAGGUGAACGGGAUCCCAGUGGAUGACAAGAAACCAGAGGAAAUUAUUCGCAUCCUGGCUCAGUCUCAAGGGGCCAUCACCUUCAAGGUUGUUCCUGCAGUCCAAGAUGAGCUUUCAACCAAGGAGCCAAAGAUGUUUGUGAAGGCGCUCUUUGACUACGAUCCAAAAGAGGACAAAGCCAUCCCGUGCAAAGAGGCGGGGCUGGCCUUCAAGAAGGGCUCCAUCCUGCAGAUCAUGAGCCAAGACGAUGCAACCUGGUGGCAAGCCAAACAUGAAGGGGACGCAAACCCCCGCGCUGGCCUCAUCCCAUCCAAACAGUUUCAGGAGAGGAGAUUUGCCUUGCGAAGCCGUGCUGCAAUUCUCCCAAUCCAGAGGUGCUCCACUCGACGAUCCUAUGAUGUGCCUGUAGAGUUUGUUGCUGAAAUAGAAGAGGAUGCUGACUUUAUUAGCGGCUGCCGUUUAGUUGGGUUUCGAAGAAGCUUCCGUCUGAGCAGGAGAGAGAAAAAGACCAACAAGUCAAUGUACGAGUGUAAAAAGAGCGAAAUGUACGACACGGCCGAUGUUCCCACCUAUGAAGAGGUGACUUUAUACCGCAGACAGGGCGGAGCCAAACACCGGCUGGUGAUUCUGGUCGGACCGACUGGGGUUGGCUUGAAUGAGCUUAAAAGGAAACUUUUGAUUUGUGACCCUCAGCACUUCAGUGUGACCAUCCCACAUACCAGUCGGCCGAAGAGGAACCAGGAGAGCGAUGGUGUGGAGUACCAUUUCAUCUCCAAGCAUCUCUUUGAGACGGAUAUUCAUAACAACAAGUUCAUCGAGUACGGCGAGUACAAAGGGAAUUACUACGGGACAAGUUUAGACUCCAUACGCUCUGUCCUGUCCAAGAACAAAGUGUGCCUCCUAGACGUGCAGCCUCAUACCAUAAAGCACCUGCGCACGGCAGAGUUGAAGCCCUUUGUGGUUUUCAUCAAGCCUCCCACGAUAGAACGACUCAGGGAGACCAGGAAGAACGCUAAAGUCAUUUCAAGCAAGGAUGAGAAAGCAUCCGCUAAGCCCUUUGCAGAGGAGGACUUUGAGGAGAUGUUGGCGAGCGCCCGGACGAUGGAGGCGCAGUACAGUCACCUUUUUGAGAAGGUGAUAGUCAACGAUGACCUGACGGAGGCCUUUGGGGAGCUGCGUUUGGCACUAAAGAAAGUGGAGAUGGAUUCUCACUGGGUUCCUGUCAGCUGGACUCACUCCUGAGGCCUGCGCAGCCUGGCAGGAAGAAAAGCGGAACAUGCAGGCUUGGAUCUUUGCUGUGCUGAAUCUGCGUGGAUUUCAAGCUCAGUUAGAUGUUUUCGGGUCUGUGGGCAUGUUUCUAGGAAGCACUGAUCCAAAUAGAGCAAAGCCUGGACCAUCCCAGUACCAGCAGAACAUCAGGAAUGCCAACCAGGAGCCUUUCUUAAACAUUGGACUAUGAGAAACCAAAGGAACUGUCAUGUUUCUUCUCAUCAGAUUGUACAACGUGGGAAAUAUGUUUGCCUUUCAGUCUCAUUAUGUUUCUAUGCACCAAGUCAUUGUCUGGUACAUCUCUUAAAGGGCAGCGUAUCCUUAAUUUUAUGAGAAAAGUAAUAUAUUUUCUAAUAUCUGCUAGUUUUGGAAUAUAUUUUCUAAUAUCUGCUCGUUUUUGUAACAUUUUAUAUACAAUACAUAUCUCACUUUUCCACAGCUCAGUUGGACUUUUAUGCUAGAAUUUGUUUGGAAAAAGUCUUGUUUCAGGGAUCAUUUGCAUUUCCUUUUAUUUGAUGUUUCAUACGUGGGUUGCUUGUCAGUUUUCAGGUUCAUUAAAGCAGCUUG